UCGCGCGCCUCACUGCAAAAGCAUGCGCCGCCCCAGCCGCUCGUUCCACUCAACCGUAUUCUAGUACACUCUAGUGUGCUUUGAAUUUCGUAUUGGCGUCCCGUAAGCGUCUCUCGGCGAAUAACUGGUGUAACCGGAAAGUCAUUAUUGACUCGUUAUCAGCGCGAUACCAAGACAACGUAACUGACACCAUGCCUCGCAAGAGGAAAAUGCCAAAGCAAACCGGCCUCCCGAAGGAACACGCCCUAAUCGACUUGAAAGAAGAACAGCUGGACAAGCCCAAGGCCCACCUUCGUGACAUAAAAAACCUUGUCAUGGACAAAAAAGAACUUUUUGGGUCAAAUAUCUUCUCUAGAGAUGUGCUAUUGGCGAUGGAGAACGAGUUGCAGCAGUCUGCAUGCAACCGCACCGGCGCACCCAUCAGUACAUCAAAGGCAAAUGUGUCCGAGCAGUGUCCAGAUGAUGAUGACUGUGUGGUUCUAUCCCAAGGCAGCACAACAUCAAGAUGCAGCCCGAGAAAGCGAUCGAGGCGAACAGCAAAGUCUGCCAUUGCUGAUGACAAGAUUGUUUCCCCCUCGGAGGAGACACAGCAAAUUUUAAAGAAACUAGAGAUGCUGGAGAGCAUCGUUUGUGAGGAUCUCUUGCUAUCCGAUGACUCAUCCGACAGCCUGGUGUGCUUAGACGAAUGCCCUUCCCUGCCAGCAGGAGAGGAAAAUGACGACCUGAUCCUCAUGGUGCAGUGCCAGUCCAGGAUGCUCAAGUACUCCAUAGCACCUCAUGCACCCUUUGCUGAGAUCCUGGAGAAGCUGGCUCAAGAGUGCAGCGUGGCAACAUCUCAAGUGAUGCUCAUUGCGAAGGAGCAGCCUGUGCAGCCUGAGGACACACCACAGAGCCUCGCUUUGUCAGCAGCAGAUAUCCUCGAUUGCAUCAUCAGGAAAUAUGGGGAGCCUUCAAGCAAAGCAGCAAAGAACAUGAUCACAUUGAAGUUCCAGUGUGCCAACAAACGCAGCACAGAGAGCAUUGAAACAGCCCUGGAUGAGCCCUUGCAAGUAGGAGCCAGAGUGUUUGCUGAGAAACUGGGUCUUCCUGUCUCCAAGCUUGUGUACAAGUUUGAUGGCGAAAAAGUAGAUUUGAGAAGCACGCCAGAGGAGCUGGGCAUCGAGGACGGUGAUUGUGUUGAUGUUUCUGUUCGGUCUUGAAGCCAAAUGUCCAAAGCUAAUUACCUCCACUGAAAAUUGUUUAUUGACAACCUUUUGAGUAGGGGAUAAUGGAUGUGGCUGCUCUGCACCCACCAAUUACAGCACUGUACCUGAAAAACAUGUUUGCACCCAGACUUUCAAAAAUGUGGUAAGAAGCUGCUUAACAUGCAGUGUGUUUCAAGGUGUUUUAGAUGCAUGAUAAGAUUGCUACAUUUUAUAAAAAACAAUUCAGCAUUAGCUGGUAGCCUGGGCUUUAACAUACCAGGAUAUCCAACACAUACUUUUGUCUCUAAAAAGAGCCCAACAAACCUCCCGUGGAAAUUUCCUGAGCGCCUCGUAUGCCCCUGGUAACAGACCCUAGAAACCUAAAGAAAAGAUGACAUGGCACUAAAUUCUGCUAGAAAGCCUUUUAAUUUUUUCUUGCCUCCUGUUUGGCUGCAUGAAAGUUGUUGCAGAGUCUAAAGUUUCAAAAGUGUACAUUAUGUUAGUCAAAGUUUUGUGCUAUGUGGCUGUGCUUCAGUUUACAAUGCAAAUUGCAAGAGACUUCUUCAACUAUUGCUAAUUCAGUAGUUUAAUUGCAGUGUUGUGCAGAUGGUUCUAAGGUGUCACACUGUAUAGUUUUCUUUUUGCUACAGAUUAGCUGCCAUGAUGUACUAUAUUUAUUAAUUGCCUUGCAGAAGUGAAGCAUUUUUAACAUAAUGAAGGCAAGAUGUCCUCAGAAAUUUGCUUUCAUUAAUAUAAAGCUAACUUAAUGAAAUAGAACUAAUUCACUAGUUCAUUCACAUAACUAUCCACAGCUGAAAACUCCUGCCAGCAUAUCAACAGUGCUAAUAUGUGCUCUACAUUGGUUUUCAAGCACUUAAAUAAGUUUUUAGGCAUAAAAAAAUAAUGCAUUGGGAAGUUAAUCUGCUAUGUUCAAAUGUUUUUGUGUAUCAAAUGAGUACAAAAUUUGGGAAGCCACUUGACUGUUCUAAAAAUGCAGUUGAGAUUAACGUUUUUUUCUUUAAAUAAUCAAGCAAAACAAUUUUUUUUUUAGUUUCCCUGCAAUCUGUCUCUUAUGUGGAACAAUGUAGACUGUUUUAUGAGUCAGUCCUGAUGUGAAGCUUGGAACUUGUUCAAGAGACCAUACUUUCCUGCUUUCAGGGGACACAGAAAAAAUUGAUAAACCAACAACAUAUUAAGCUCUAUGCAAAAAUUCCAUCCAUUUAGCUUCAUUAUUAAUGAACAUAGAUUUCUGAGGCACAUCUCCUUAAAAGUACAUCCUGCAUGUAUAUACAAUGUAAGUUGAAAGGAGAUGUGUGCAUAAUGCACAGUUGUGUAAAUAAAAUAUUUUUGAACUCGC